AUAUGACAUUUCGAAAAAAUCGGAAUGCUUGUAGUUUGCGGCUUCGAUUUUUGUUUAAUUUGUCAUAAUUAAGAUUUAGCCCAUGUUUAAUUUAGUGAUUGACUCUUAAUAAAACACGAGUGUUAUUCCUUAGGUUUACCGUGAAUAAGAAAAUAAUUCGGCAAGAUGGGUCGCCGUUCCAUAAAUACCACCAAGAGUGGUAAAUACAUGAACCCCACGGACCAAGCGCGUAAGGAAGCCAGGAAGAAAGAAUUGAAGAAAAAUAAAAGACAAAGGCAGAUGGUGAGGGCAGCUGUGCUUAAAAUGAAAGAUCCCACACAAAUACUAGAGGAGUUGCAGAAAAUUGAUGAAAUGGAGUAUAAUGUAUUGCAACCAUCUCCUCUUAAUGAAAAGGUUUUGAAGGAAAAAAGGAAAAAAUUAAGAGAAACUUUUGAUAGGGUUUUAAAGAUGUAUGACAAGGAUGAUUCUGAAAAGUGGGUAGAACUAAAACGCCAAGAGAUGGAAUAUGAAAAGAGCAGGACUCAUCUGAUAUCAUACUAUGAGUCAGUCAAACAUGCCCAGUCAGUGCAAAUUGAUGACAUCCCGCUGCCUACCUUACAAAUUCCUGAAAACAUUAUAUACGGAAAUGUACCAUCGCAAAUACCACUGCCUUUGGACACAGUGCAUCCUAAUUUACCAGUCAGACCCAUUUUAAAGAAGGAUUCAGUUUAUAAAGAAAGGCCAUCUGGCAUAGAACCUCCCGGAGUACCGCCCGGUCCACCGCCGGACUACGAAGCGCUUCUACAAGAGGCUUCCAAAGCUAUCGACAAAAUGCACAAGGAAAAGAAGACUUUGCGCUUCUCUGAUCUGCCAGACGAAGGCCCACCCGGGGAAAGUAGACCAAAUCAGCUACCUCAACAACACGCAGUACAACCGGCGCAUCAACCGUCACAACUACCGCCACAUCAGCCGGUACAUCAACCGGUCCAUCAACCAGUACACCAGCCAGAUGUUGAACAAAUUGAACCCGAAGAUUUGGAUGGAGAAGCCAUGGACGAAGACCACGAGAUAGAGGCGCCAGCGGCGGCUCAACCAGCGCCAAAGCCCACGUCAUUGCAGCAGAGAAUGUUGGCGCUGUCCGGACAGAAUAUUGAUGAUUUUAUGAAAGAGAUGGAAGAAGUUCACAGAAAGAGGGAACGAGACAGAGCAGCUGAUUUAACUGCAAGGCUAAGUGCUCUGAAGCGCUCGGGACACGGCGCUCGGGACAGCGACUCUGACAGCGACACGGAGCCGCACACCGCGCACCACAACCACCACGACUUCGCGCUGGAGCCGCCCGGGGCCGAGGUCAGGCAGAUACCGCCUCCGCUGCUGCCGCCAGGUCUUCGGCCGCCCAUGUUGAGACCGCCCGGUGCGCCGCCAGGGGCGCCCCCAGGAGCCCCGCCAGGCUUACCUCCGGGCAUUCCUCUAGGGGGGCCUCCCGGACCACCGCCCGGCCCUCAUCCCGGACUUCCACUGGGAAUGCCAGUUCACCCCGGCGUGCCAGUGAUGCCGAGUGGGGUGCCGCCGGGUCCCCCGCCGGGCCGCGGCCCCCUGCGCCCCCCGGGCCCCCCGCCGGGCGCUCCGCCCCGCCUGCUGCGGCCGCUGGUGCCCCCGCCGCCGCCGCACGUGUCCGUCCUCACCGCCGCGCCGCAGCUUAUAUCCAAGAAGGACGCUGCUCAGGGUGCAACAAUAAGCGCAAAGCCACAGAUAAGAAAUCUCUCAGCCGACGUGACACGUUUCGUGCCGUCCGCUCUGAGGGUGAAGCGCGAGGACAAGAAGGCCAAGCCGGAGAUGAAGUCCGCGCUGCAGAGGCCGGCUGAACAACCAAAGCAAGCGCCCAGCAAGGACGACGCUUACAUGCAGUUUAUGAAAGAAAUGGAGGGUUUAUUGUAAAAUAAUUAGAUUAAGUGAUAAAUAAAUAAAUAUUCGUAUAUAGUUGC